UCGACUACCCAGCAGUUGAAGGGCAUUCAGAGCGCAGAAAAAUAUCGGACAGUAAAACUGAUUUAAGUGAAGACAAGUUCACCGUUACAACUAUAACUAUAUAUAACUGUAUAAUAAUAUUUAAUCAUAUACCCUAUGGACAAGAACCAAAUAUUCGUAUAAUUUCACCUCUGAUGUAGUCAAGAGUCAAAAGUAGAGGUGGAUUUUGAUAAAUGCAUAUUGCUUACAGGUAUGCAUUUACAUAUGCAUAUACUCCUCUCAUCACAACUUCAUCAAUAAGAAUACAGUGAAGGAGACAUUAUGAUCAUACCGGUAUGUAGUAGUGGAAAUUAACAGAAUAUCUUCAUGUCUAAAGAAAUGGAAGAAAAUGGCAAUAUGCCAUUGAGUGACAAUUCCAAGGAUUUAGUUCCAAUGAAACAAUACAACACAAUAAGCUCCAAGGAAGGAUCGGAUACAGACAACCUAGUCGAGACGAAGCACAGAGUGUCAUUGAAUGUCGCUGUUAAGCUGAGGAUUGCAGCCAUUGCCACAUCAUUCUUGUCCAUCUUUGUUACACUUGCCCUUGGUGUGGCUACCUUAGUUAUUGGUUUCCAAGAAAACAGUUCUGCUUCAUUUGGCUUUGCAUUGACAGCAUUAUUAGAUGUGAUGUCAUCAGCAGUCGUGUUGUGGAGAUAUUAUGGUGGAGCCGAAAAGGCCCUUUACUCUCCAAAGAGAGAAUUUAUAGCUUGCAUUGUCCUAGGAGUCCUCUUUAUAGUCAGUUCAUUUACCAUUACUACAAAGUCUGUUAUUUCAUUGGCCAAUAUUUCUGUUCCAAGUAAGAAUCCAUCAGUAUAUCAGCUGGCCCUGAUAAAUGGGAUUCUCUGCAGUAUUCUUGCAAUAGUUAAGUUCAUCCUGGGGAUUAAACUAGAGAGCAAAGCGCUUACAACUGAUGCAUUUAACUCUCUAGCAGGUGCUUUAUCAGCAUUUGCAAUUUUUGUGACUUCUGUGACGUAUGAAGAAAACAGUCGUGUCUGGUAUCUGGACUCUGUAAUAGGCAUAUUUAUUGCUGUUUUCCUGCUUAUAUAUGGCACUAGGUUAUUAUGGGAACAAGAGAAGAUAAAUAACUACAGUACGUACUGUGGAACUAACUGUGCUUGCUGUAAACAUAAGUAAAACAUUGCCAAAGCUGUCUCAAUUUUUCAAUGAAGGCAUUGUGUACUUCACAGAAGGCUUAAUACCACUACCCCACUGAACAUAGUUUGGAAAAGCUACCCACCAAUGGCCACCAUCCAUCUGUCUGUCCAUUCGUUCAUUCAUCUGUCCAUGCGAUAACUCAAAUACUGGUUGACAGAUUGGGCUCAAAAUUUAAUGAUUGAAGCUUUAUGGGCAUUGCACAUCUGCUGAAGAAUGAAUUGCCAAUAUUGCCACUCAGUUUAAAAUGGCUGCCAUUUGUAGUGAAUAUGUAGCCUUUGAUAACUCAAAUACCAGCUGAUGCAUUUGGUUUAGAUUUUGAUGCCUCAGGAACAUGGAACCUCUGCUUAAGAACUUU